AUGUCAAUAUCCCAAACUGCUCCAGCCAACAACGCCCCCACAUCACAACAACAGGACCACGCGUCCGCAGAAGAAACCUCCACACGCCUCGCCGAAGCAAUAGACGACUUUCUAGGUGACCUAGACAAGAAGUUCAAGAACAUCUCGGACGAGAUCCUGACCAAACUAGACGAUAUGGCGGAGCGAUGCGACAGAUUAGAGCAGGAGAUCAUGUUUCGGGCCGAUGAGAGAAGUGCGAGUGCGGCGACGGGGAGUGUUGGUGGAGGGAGUGGCAAGGGGUUGGGCAUUGAUGGCGGUGGGGAGAGGGAUGGGUGA